AAAGCCAAAAAUGUCUCUUAACAUACAAAGUUCCAGCUUUCGCUUCUAACAAUUGUUAUGUAGACUUGAAAUGAAAUUGACAAACUGUCGAUUCAUUUCAAUCCCGAACCCAUUUCAAUGAAGCUCCCUCCAUCUUGCCCCGCACUCUUCAUCCAGUCUGAAUUCGUGUAGCGGUGAUGGGUCGUCGUCGAGUGGAGGCCAACCACCAAAAAAGAAAGAUGAACAUCCAACUUGGAACAACAAAAUACACCCGGUCACGUGACUGACUCUCAUCUCGGAAUACAGGCCUGGCUGACGACCUGCCUUACUAAACCGUGGGCCUAGGACACUUUUUCCAUAUCAUCCAUCCAUCCAAAGUGCAGUCCCCGACUAGACGCCAAGAAGGUGUAUUCUCCGAGUGGAUCUCUCGAUUGUAUCGGGACUCGAGCCCUGGUCGUCAUGACGACCGACCAUUCGACCGAUUACUACCAAAUCUUGAGCGUGAGUCCCCACGCCGAUCGAGCCACGAUCAAGGCCCAAUAUCAAAAGCUCAUCCUGGUCCAUCAUCCGGACAAGCAAACCCAUCCAGCCUCCGAUCCCGACCUAGCUCAAGCUAUCCUUCGAGCGUGGCAAGUCUUGGGCGACGAGAGAUCCCGCAAACGUUACGAUGCCUGGUUAACUGCGCAAGAAUCCUCGUUAUCGGGACAGACAGUUUGGAAAACUGUAUUCUUGGCUGAGUUGGAUCGGAUCGAGGCCGAGGGCACCUAUCCAGGACAAUGGUCCCUGGGGUGUCGUUGUGGGGACCGAUUCGCCUUUUCCGACGAAGACCUUCGUCACAUUGAGGAGGACCAGCUCACGAUCGAGUGCGACUCCUGCUCGCUAGUUUUGGUUGUCUGGUUAUGGGGCGAACAGCAACACCGUUGAGGACUGAAUGAAGAGGCGAAUCCACGCAGUAGUCAGAAUACACUCGGAAAACAGUCAGAGUAAAUACACUCGGACGUACGCAUGGAUCUAGGCGGGCUGAAGCCAUUCGGGACCAGAAGAGGGAAAGGCAUGCGUGAAUGAUAUAAUCGGCACGGACAAACGAGUUGAAAAGAAGGGCUCGGCUCAAAGUACAAAUUGCAACGUUACAACCUGCGGCCUGGCACAAUACACAAUAACAAAGAUGACAUAAUCAAUGAUCAAAAUACUUUAAUGGAAAAUAAAAAAAAGAGAUAAACCCCAGACUAUCCGUGUAUGUUAAAGGGAUCUUUGUGUAUCCGGCGGACUUUUUCUUUGCGUUUGCGCUCUUUCUUGGCUCCGGCUUUAACACCUCGCACGUGGAAUCCGGCCGAUACUUUCAAUUCGGGGAACGAAUCCACGAUGGACAGUUCGUAUUCAUCGAUCACGUUGACGCGAGCCUCGGCCAACGAGGGCUGAUACGCCUCACGCGUCAUGUUGGGCGGCGCUUGACAGUACAAGAGCUUGCCUAGGACAUAGUCCUUGAGCAUCACGCGGGCUGCCCGGGCUUGAUCCGGCACGCCUCCCGGCUUCAUGAAGCCGCGCAUGAGCCCGUAGGCCGAAAGAAUCUGCAUACUUUCGGAUUUGCGCUCGUGCUUCUUGGCUUCGCGUACGGAAAACGGCAUGAUCCCGUAGUGUGUCUGGAUGUAAUGGAAGGGCAAUUUGGUCAUGAGAAGGUCCACGCUGGUCAAAUAAUCCGUCAGGUUGUCGAUGGGCAAGAUCCCGGCCAGUACCAUAUCGGCUUUGGUCAUGUUCAAGUUGGGGAUGACCAAGCCCGGUCCGUCGACCAAGAUGACCUCGCCCUUGAGCACGUGAGUCUGGUAGUGCUUGGUCUUACCGGGCGUAGCAGACACUUGGAGGCGGGUGUUGGUCAAAAAACGAUUGAUCGUGGAACUCUUGCCCACAUUGGGGUAACCCAGGAAGCCUACGGUGAGAGGCGAGGCCGAGCUUUGGGCUUGGAGGGUCUGCAGCACUUCUUGUGGACUCAGGAUCCGGGCCCGAUUGAAGCAUAGC